AACGGUUAAAACAGCAAUCUUUAUUACCUGGUAAUGGCAAUUGAUGGCGUAAUUGCUCGCGUUUUAUGGCGUGGAUUACACUUGCUGGCUCGCGCCUGCGCAUAAAAAAUCUCGGACAUAAUUUUGGCUGAGUGAGGCUUCUGGUCUUAUUUUCUAUUCUGUGGCAUAACAGUCGUCGUCAUGGUAACACAACGCUAAAACAACAUGGCUGCCACUCUUUGAAUAUUUUUUACACUUUACACAUUAAUUUUAUAGUUUUAAUAACAUAUAAAAUGGAGUAUACAGGGAGUUCGUACAACGGGGAAUUAAAUAAUGGAAGGUAUUUUUGUUUUUGUGUGAGAAUUUGGUUUAUGUCGUAGAUAAAACACGACAGGGAAAACUAAAUAUAUAAAAAUAAUAAAAUGGUCCUCGAUAUAUUUUCCUUUUUGGAUAUAGAAUGGAAGGGAAAGGUGAGUACACACUUCCCGAAGCUUUGGGAUCAAAAUACGUUGGUGAAAUGAAGGAUGGAAUGUAAGUCUUAAUAAAGUUGAGCCAACCAAUGAUAACCAAAACAAGACAGUGAUAUAAAUAAAAACCUCUGUUUAUUUUUUAGGUUUCACGGCUCAGGAACAUUGCUCUUUGAUAAUGGUAGCAAGUAUGAAGGAACAUGGGAGAAUGGCAUAGCAAUUGAGGUAAUGUAGGUGAAUCACAAUAUUAUUUAGUGAUUUCUGCAUGUCAAUUUUGAGCUAAAAUCCAUGCCAAUUGUGAUGCUGUCACUAAGAUAUUUUGUCAGUUGUAAGAGGCAAAUCAUCUUGUAGUUGUUUUGUCGCUUGUUUUAUUGCAGCGUUUGGCACCAAAAGCCGUACCAAAUCCCACUUGCUCAAAAACGUUCGGAAGUUUGUAGAGUCACCUUCAAAUAAAAUAGUGUCACCUUCUUUUGCACUAAUACAUGGAUGAGAAAAAUCCUUAUAAAUAUAUAUUAUAUGUCAAGUGUUCAAAUUCAUAAAAUAUCUGGUCGGAUUUUUUUCAGAUAUCCAGCAAAUCCGGUAUCCGGCGAUAGUAAAAAUCACUAUCCGGUGCACCCCUAUUCAUUUAGCUUAAGGUGAAAUUUGAAAUGCAACUGUUUUACAUGUGCUUAUUCGAUCACAUCUGCCACAAUACAAUUUGUACAUGACAAAUUGCAGUAUGCCUUCACUAUACUUAUUUUUAUAAUUCCCAGGGUCAGUUUACUUUUGCUGAUGGUCUGGAAUACAAGCCGAACGAUUGGGAAUAUUGUGAUGGUUAUGACAGAAGAUUUUAUACUGAAAUUUGUAAUGGUCUCAGACCAGCAGGUAUAGCUCAUAGUAAUUUAUUGGUUUUCUCUCUUUGACAUCAUUAUAAGAAAGAUCUAUUGGUAAUAUACAAGUCAUGAAUCUCUUUGUUCACUUCAGGUCGUUCCCAGCUCACUAACCGUGUACCCCCACGUGAGAUUCCUGAAGGAUGUUAUGAUUGUGGUGAUGGAUUUUAUAAUCCUGCCACACGAGUUGUGAUGGAUUAUCAAAGUAAAUUCCUACGAAAUGCAGGUACGAGUAGCUACUGUAUGGGCAGAGAGUAGAUACAUAUACAGAGUUAUAACUAGUGUACCCACUUUUUUGUGCACAUGCUCGGCAAGUUACUAGAUGCAUGCAUCCCAUUGGAUGGUGGCUCGCUUUAACUGCUUGCAGAACUUGCUGAGCAUGCUCAGUUGAUCAUUUUUUGCCCGGUCUCCUGAAAAAAGUGAGUACAUGAAAACAUAAGUUUCCGCAGUGUUCACGACAACAAGUUACAGCUCUGUGUGUAUCUACUCUGUGGUAUAAGAUAUAUUCAGAACUAACAGAAGUAGGAUUGUCCAACAGAAAUCCUCAGUUGUUGUCGAGACUUUGUGGUUGCAGUUUUCUGCGCUUGAAAUGUCUUGCAAUUCUUGUUGCAAUUUCUAUGUGAUUUUCUUCUUCUGACACAUGUGAACAAGUUGAUGAGUUCUGAAUGUUGUGAGUAUAUGGUUAGCAGCAUGGAAAAUAGUGCUAACCUGAGUAUAUCUACCUUCAUCUGAACAUUCAGAACUCAUCCAUCAGAAAAUCGCCCUAGAAAUCGCAGCAAAAACUGAAAAUUUGUUCUAACAUUCUUCUGCUUUCUUCGUUUUUACGCAGAAAAUUGCUUGCGUAAAACAUUACCUGCAUCCCUACGGUACGUUUUAUUGUAUUUUUAUCAUUUCUAGAUGACGAUGAGCAUGCGUGGAUCGUAAAAACGUGUCGCAAAGGUUGGGACGAAAAUGUCGGGUAUAAGCCAAACACGGACUUGAAAAAUCUGUCCAAAUAACAUCUCUUCUGCUUCCAUAAAGACUUGUAAAUAAUGUAUAUAAAGUAGAUAAAUACAUUGUCGACAAAUUAAUAAUUAUCAGCUUUAUAGGAAUCAUGAUUAGCUAUAAAUAUACAGAAUACGAGCACACAUGCAUUGAGCUGACGAGCACAAAUUAGACGAUAGUCUCCUAUAUGCAGGGUAAUUAAACGACAUCUGCAUCCAACGAGCCAUUACCAUAGCUAUGACAGGUCAAUAAUGCAACCUUUCCGGAAAGUAUAUCACUUUGGCUAUAGUAGUAUAGAGCCUCAUUUUCGUGAUUACGUUGGUUAAUGUCACAUAUACGAAAGCGAGGCUCUAUGGCGGUAAAUGACGUACUUUCCAGAAACGUAUAUUCAACAAUUUCUCUCGAAAUUCUCACCACUCAAAUACUAGAGAAAUAAACAACGUUAUCCUCUAGGAGUCUUUUCCAAACAACUUUCAUGUUCAAUGUCCAUUUCCUGUGUACGUUGUGCUUUAUCGUUAGGUGUGGCAAUGUUACACCAGAAAUACUUACCCACAGUAUAAAUGAAGCAACGGUGUGAUGUGCAACCAUGUUG